AUGGGUAACCACACCACAGUGAGCACAUUCCUUCUGUGGGGAUUUUCCAGUUUCCCAGAACUUCAGACUCUUCUCUUUGUGGUGGUUUUCUCUUCCCAUGUGGCAAUCCUACUCGCAAAUGUGUCCAUCAUGGUGGCCAUCAAGCUCAGUCACAACCUUCACACCCCCAUGUACUUUUUCCUCUUUGGUCUGUCCUUUUCAGAAACCUGUACCACUAUGGUGAUCAUCCCCCGAAUGUUAGUGGACUUGCUUUCACAGAGCAAGACCAUUUCUCUUCCUGAGUGUGCCACACAGAUGUUUUUCUUCUUUGGUUUAGGAGCUAAUAACUGCUUCAUCUUGGCCGCCAUGUCCUAUGACCGUUACACUGCCAUCCACAACCCACUGCGUUAUCCUACGCUGAUGACAAGGAAGGUCUGCUUUCAGCUCAUGAUGGCCUCUGUUGUGGUUGGAUUCCUGGUUUCCCUGUGCAUUAUCAUCAUAGUAUUCAAUUUGUCCUUUUGUGACUCCAACACCGUUCGACAUUUUUUUUGUGAUAUUGCACCUGUAGUCUCCCUUGCUUGUAAUUAUACAUUUUUCCAGAAAAUGGUUCUGCUUGCAUUCACUGCUUUUGUAUUAGUGGGCAGCUUUAUUUUAAUAAUGAUUUCCUAUGUCUUCAUUGUGUCCAUAGUUGUGAAGAUGCCUUCUGCAAAAGGGAGGUAUAAGGCCUUCUCCACCUGCUCCUCUCACUUCACUGUGGUCUCCAUACACUAUGGAUUUGCUUGCUUUGUCUAUUUGAGGCCCCAGAACAGUGACAGUGAUUCAUUCAGUGAAGAUACACUGAUGGCUGUGACAUACACAGUGCUGACACCUCUGCUUAACCCCAUUGUUUAUAGUCUCAGGAACAAAGAAAUGCAGGUGGCCCUGAGGAAAGCGCUAGGCAGUAUAACUGAGUUUUUUCCUCAAAUGGUAAACAAAAGAGCCCAGAAUAUUUAA